AAAGAUUAUAGUAGAUAAACAUGAUAUAGUAAUUUAACCAAAACCACCCUUAUAAAGUUAGCCCACAACUUCACACCCUUUCAUAACUCAAACAAACACUCCAAAUUCAACAAUGGCUGCCUCAACCAUGGCUCUCUCAUCCGCUUUCUCCGGACAGGCUGUGAAAGCAGCUCCAUCCGGUUCUGAGCUUUCUGGAAACGGUCGCAUUUCCAUGAGGAAGGCUACAGUCAAGCAGGUUGCAUCUGGAAGCCCAUGGUACGGCCCAGACCGUGUCAAGUACUUAGGCCCAUUCUCUGGUGAGGCCCCAAGCUACCUUACGGGUGAAUUCCCUGGUGACUACGGUUGGGACACUGCUGGGCUUUCAGCAGACCCUGAAACCUUUGCUAAGAACCGUGAACUUGAAGUGAUCCACUGCAGGUGGGCUAUGCUUGGAGCUCUAGGAUGUGUAUUCCCUGAGCUUCUAGCCAGAAACGGUGUUAAGUUCGGUGAGGCGGUCUGGUUCAAGGCCGGAGCCCAAAUCUUCAGCGAGGGUGGGCUUGACUACUUGGGCAACCCAAGUUUGAUUCAUGCCCAGAGCAUCUUGGCCAUUUGGGCUACACAAGUCAUCUUAAUGGGUGCUGUUGAGGGUUACAGAAUUGCUGGUGGACCCCUUGGUGAGGUUGUGGACCCACUUUACCCUGGUGGCAGCUUCGACCCGUUGGGUCUUGCUGACGACCCAGAGGCUUUCGCGGAGCUUAAGGUGAAAGAGAUCAAGAACGGGCGCCUAGCCAUGUUCUCCAUGUUUGGGUUCUUUGUUCAAGCCAUUGUGACCGGAAAGGGACCAUUGGAGAACUUGGCUGACCACCUUGCUGACCCCGUGGCCAACAACGCUUGGUCGUAUGCCACAAACUUUGUCCCCGGAAAGUGAAGUUACUAAUGUUCGUGAGAGUGUGUUGAGCUCUUUUUGUGAAUUAAUAAGCAAUGGUAUAUGGUUAAAAGUUUUUUGUAA